AUGGCGCAUAGUUAUGAGGUCGGAACCAGGGCAUGGCAGCCCGACCCAACGGAGGGCUGGGUAGCCUCGGAACUCACGAGUAAGACGAUCAACGACACGAAGGCGACUUUGAUAUUCCAGCUAGAAAAUGGCGAAACAAGAACGCUCCAUGUCGCCGUCGAUGCGCUCGCAGCUGGCUCUGAUCCUUCUCUCCCACCUCUCAUGAACCCAGCCAUGCUCGAAGCAAGCGAUGACUUAACCAACCUGUCCCACUUGAACGAACCAGCAGUGCUCCAAGCUAUUCGUUUACGAUAUGCCCAGAAGGAAAUCUAUACGUAUAGCGGCAUCGUGUUAAUCGCGACAAAUCCCUUUGCAAGAGUCGACUCGCUAUAUGUCCCUGGCAUGGUUCAAGUCUACGCCGGCAAGCAGAGAGCCACCCAGGCGCCACAUUUGUUCGCCAUCGCAGAAGAGGCCUUUAUGGAUAUGCUACGGAGUGGAAAGAAUCAGACUAUUGUUGUGUCGGGCGAGUCUGGUGCUGGCAAGACAGUCAGCGCAAAGUACAUCAUGCGAUAUUUUGCAACGAGAGAGCCGCCUGAGAAUCCCGGAACACGCUUCAAGAAGGGAUCUGAGGCGAUGAGUGAAACCGAGGAACAAAUCCUUGCUACGAACCCAAUCAUGGAAGCUUUCGGGAAUGCAAAGACCACCCGGAAUGAUAAUUCAUCGAGGUUCGGCAAAUAUAUCGAGAUCAUGUUUGACAAGCAGACAAACAUUAUUGGCGCUAAAAUUCGGACAUAUCUUCUGGAAAGAUCUCGACUUGUCUUCCAGCCCCUCAAGGAGAGAAAUUACCACAUCUUUUAUCAACUAGUUGCCGGUGCCUCGGACAAGAUGCGUCAGGAACUCAACAUCUUGCCAGUCGAACAGUUCGAUUACUUGAACCAAGGCAAUUGUCCCUCUAUCGACGGAAUUGAUGACAAGGCCGAAUUUGAAGCGACGAGGCAGUCGCUGAAAACUGUUGGGGUCAAGGAUGACCAGCAAGUAGCCAUUUUCCAGCUGCUGGCUGGCUUGUUGCACUUGGGGAACGUCAAGAUUACGGCGUCUCGCACUGAGAGCGUCCUUUCACCAACCGAGCCAUCGCUCCAACAGGCCUGUGCGCUGCUUGGAGUCAACGCCGCGGAAUUUGCAAAAUGGAUCGUGAAGAAGCAGCUGACUACCAGGGGAGAAAAGAUUAUAUCAAAUCUUAGCCAGGCCCAGGCAAUCGUUGUUCGGGACUCUGUUGCCAAAUUCAUCUAUUCAAGCCUAUUCGACUGGCUCGUCGAGACCAUAAACCGAAGCCUUGCCACCGACGAGGUCCUUAACCGUGUGUCCUCCUUUAUCGGCGUUCUUGACAUCUACGGCUUCGAACACUUUGCCAAAAACUCGUUCGAGCAGUUCUGCAUCAACUACGCCAAUGAGAAGCUCCAGCAGGAAUUCAAUCAACAUGUCUUCAAGCUGGAACAAGAAGAGUACCUAAGAGAGCAGAUAGACUGGACCUUCAUCGACUUCUCUGAUAAUCAACCUUGUAUUGAUCUGAUAGAAGGGAAGAUGGGUAUUUUGUCCCUUUUAGACGAAGAGUCUCGACUUCCCAUGGGAACGGAUGAUCAGUUCGUGACGAAACUACACCACAACUACGCCGCGGAUAAGCACAAGUUUUUCAAGAAGCCCAGGUUUGGAAAAUCGGCAUUUACGGUCUGCCACUAUGCCAUCGAUGUCACCUACGAGUCGGAAGGAUUCAUUGAGAAGAACCGAGAUACCGUCCCUGAUGAACACAUGAAUAUUCUACGUGCGACGAGCAACACAUUCCUCCGUCAGGUCCUCGAUGCGGCCCUGGCAGUGCGUGAGAAGGAUCUGGCCUCCUCCACCUCAAACGCCGUAAGGCCUGCCGGUGGAAGGAAGAUUGGUGUUGCAGUCAACCGGAAGCCUACACUUGGUGGCAUUUUCCGGUCCUCAUUAAUCGAGUUGAUGAACACCAUCAACAAUACCGACGUCCAUUAUAUCAGAUGCAUCAAGCCCAACGAGGCCAAAGAAUCGUGGCAAUUUGAGGGACCCAUGGUCCUCAGCCAGCUGCGCGCGUGCGGUGUCCUCGAGACGGUCCGCAUUAGCUGUGCUGGUUACCCAACCCGGUGGACAUACGAGGAGUUCGCCCUGCGCUACUACAUGUUGGUCCACUCAACUCAAUGGACCUCGGAAAUCCGUGAAAUGGCCAACGCAAUCCUCACCAAAGCCCUAGGCGGAGGCUCUAGACAAGGUUCCGAUAAAUACCAGCUCGGGUUAACGAAAAUCUUCUUCCGUGCUGGCAUGCUUGCUUUCCUAGAAAACCUGCGCACAAAUCGCCUAAACGAGUGCGCCGUCCUCAUUCAAAAGAACCUGAAGGCGAAGUACUACCGACGCCGCUAUCUGUGGGCUCGUGAAUCCAUCAUUCGCUGUCAAUCGCUUGCCCGGGCGAGUGCCGCCAGGAAUCAAGCCCGGCAGCUCAGGACAGUCAAGGCAGCAACUACCAUUCAGCGAGUGUGGAGGGGCCAGAAACAACGCAAAGAGUUUGUUCGCAUCCGAAAUAAUGUUGUCCUUGCCCAAGCAGCAGCGAAGGGCUACCUUCGAAGGAAAGAAAUUAUGGAAACGCGCAUUGGAAAUGCGGCGCUCAUUAUUCAGCGGGUUUGGCGUUCCAGGCGACAAAUGCGGGCAUUCAGGCAAUAUAGGAAGAAGGUUGUUCUCAUCCAAAGUUUGUGGCGAGGCAGGAGUGCACGCCGUGAGUACAAGAAGAUGCGAGAGGAGGCCCGAGAUCUGAAGCAGAUCUCUUACAAGCUCGAAAACAAGGUCGUGGAGCUCACUCAAACCUUGGGCACCAUGAAAACGCAAAAUAAGACCCUGCUUGCGCAGGUGGACAGCUAUGAAAGCCAACUCAAGUCUUGGAAGGCGCGACAUAACGCCCUAGAAGCCCGUUCCAAAGAGCUCCAGGCAGAGGCCAACCAAGCAGGUAUCGCAGUGGCGCGCUUGCAGGCCAUGGAAGAUGAGAUGAAGAAGCUUCAGCAGAGUUUUGAAGAAUCAACGUCAAACAUCAAGCGAUUGCAGGAGGAGGAGAGGACGCUUCGCCAGUCGCUGCGAGACGCCAACAUUGAACUGGACCAAGCCCGUGAAGAAAAACUGCACGUCGAAGAUGAGAAGCUAUCGCUGAGGCAGCAGUUGACGGAAUUGCGAGACCAGCUCGAGAUGGCAAAGCGUGCUCCCUCAGUGAACGGGGAAGUGACCAAUGGAGUCGCGAAUUUCCCGUCGGCCGCUAGCGGGUUGAUCAAUUUCGUGUCAUCAAAGACACCAAAGCGCAGGAGUGCGGGAGCCGAGCCCCGGGAAGUCGAUCGAUUCAGCGCAGCAUAUAAUCCUCGCCCCGUCUCGAUGGCCGUAGCGUCUGGUACCCGUGGUCAGAACUUGCCGGGGGCGACGUUUAUCCCCGGCGUCGACAACAUUGAACUUGAGCUCGAAUCUCUACUCGCAGACGAAGAAGGUCUCAAUGAGGAGGUUACCAUGGGCCUUAUACGGAAUCUCAAGAUCCCCUCGCCUAACACCAACCCUCCCCCGUCUGAUAAGGAGGUGCUGUUCCCUUCAUAUCUCAUCAAUCUCGUUACAUCAGAGAUGUGGAACAACGGUUUCGUCAAGGAAUCGGAGCGCUUCCUUGCGAAUGUCAUGCAGUCAAUUCAACAGGAGGUGAUGCAGCAUGACGGCGAUGAGGCAAUCAGCCCUGGUGCGUUCUGGCUGUCCAAUGUGCACGAAAUGUUGUCAUUUGUAUUCCUCGCGGAGGACUGGUACGAAGCUCAGAAGACGGACAACUACGAGUACGAUCGCCUACUGGAUAUCGUGAAGCACGAUCUGGAAAGCUUGGAGUUCAACAUUUACCAUACGUGGAUGAAGGUUCUCAAGAAGAAGCUUCAGAAAAUGAUCAUCCCCGCCAUUAUCGAGUCUCAAUCCCUUCCGGGUUUCGUCACGAACGAGAGCAACCGGUUCCUGGGCAAACUUCUCCAGUCUAACUCGACACCUGCGUACAACAUGGAUAAUCUCCUCAGCCUUCUCAACGGUGUCUUUAGAGCCAUGAAGGCGUAUUAUUUGGAGGACUCGAUCAUUACUCAGACAAUCACUGAGCUUCUUCAUCUCGUUGGUGUCACAGCAUUCAACGAUCUUCUCAUGCGAAGAAACUUCCUUUCUUGGAAGCGCGGUUUGCAAAUCAACUACAACAUAACUCGCAUUGAGGAAUGGUGCAAGAGCCACGACAUGCCUGCGGGCACUCUCCAGCUGGAACACUUGAUGGUUGGCCCGUCCCAGCCCGGGAUGCUAGGGUUAGGUGCCCCUGUCCCCGGAAACGGACUGCACCAUGACCCGGAGGCGAAGGGACGCGCUAAGGGAAGGUGA